GCGGAGGUGGAGAUUUCCAAUCCCACCCAGUCACAUUGAGAAAGGAGGAUUUGGUAAGGCUUUCCCAGGAGAAGCCACACUGAGGAAAUUCUCAGCAGCAGCCUGAACUACACUUGGAGUGGGUUUGCAGUCUCCUAUGCACGGAAAUGGGGGCAGAAGCAGCUGCAUGUUCCCUGUGUGAGAACCUAGAGGGAGCUUCAUGGUGAAGAAGUAAGAAGGAUCACACUGAAACAUUGAAAGAAGUAUUUCAUUGAUUGUGCCUGCCAUUCAAGACUUUAGGAUGGAAACCUUUUGUUUAAGAGUCUCCUUGCUACUGCUUGUCACUGGAUGUGGCCUCAGCGACAGUUCUGACAGAUAUUACACCAAUCUAAGUGAUUCUGGAAACUAUUUGACCACCUACUCUGGACUAGAGCCCAGCUUACUCCUUACUACUAUCCGACCCAUGGUACCCAACAAAACAGACUAUUGCUCCCAACGGGCUAAAAUUGCUGACACUUUCAAAUACAUUAACACAGUGAUAUCUUGUAUUAUUUUCAUCGUUGGAUUGGUUGGGAAUGCAACUUUGCUGAGGAUCAUUUACCAGAACAAGUGUAUGAGGAAUGGCCCCAAUGCGCUGAUAGCUAGCCUGGCACUCGGAGAUCUUAUCUAUAUUGUCAUUGAUAUUCCUAUCAAUGUAUAUAAGCUUCAUGCUCAGCGGUGGCCAUUUGAGGAUUCUGAUUUCGGGCUGUUUCUUUGCAAAUUCCUCCCCUUUAUACAGAAGGCAUCAGUGGGCAUCACAGUCCUCAAUCUCUGUGCCCUUAGUGUGGACAGGUACAGAGCAGUUGCCUCCUGGAGUCGUGUUCAGGGAAUUGGUAUCCCCAUGAUCACUGCAAUUGAAAUUUUCUCCAUUUGGAUUCUCUCCUUUAUACUGGCUAUUCCAGAAGCAAUUGGUUUUGUCAUGAUACCUUUCAAAUACAAAGAUGAAAAUCAUAUUACCUGCAUGCUCAAUGCUACAAACAAGUUUAUGAUGUUUUACAAAAACGCAAAGGAUUGGUGGCUGUUUGGAUUUUAUUUCUGUGUGCCACUAGCAUGUACUGCUGUCUUUUACACACUAAUGACUUGUGAAAUGUUAAACAGAAGGAACAACAAUUUGAGAAUUGCCCUCAGCGAACAUCUUAAGCAGCGUCGAGAAGUUGCAAAGACAGUUUUCUGUCUGGUAGUGAUUUUUGCCCUUUGCUGGUUUCCUCUCCAUUUGAGCCGAAUUUUGAAGAAAAUGGUAUACAAUGAAAGGGACCCUAACAGAUGUGAACUGCUCAAUUUCUUGUUGCCACUGGAUUACAUCAGCAUUAACCUGGCAACCAUGAACUCUUGUAUAAACCCCAUAGCUCUCUAUUUUGUGAGCAAGAAGUUUAAAAACUGUUUCCAGUCAUGUCUCUGCUGUUGCUGCUACCGAUCCAAAAGUCUAGUGACUUCAGUGCCAAUGAAUGGAACAAGCAUUCAGUGGAAAAACCAUGAACUAAAUAACCACAAUACAGAUCGAAGCAGCCAUAAGGACAGCAUAAACUGAGACUGAAGGACACUGAGACCACUUCAGAAUCCAGGAGGAAAAAAUGUCACAUGAAAGCUGUUUAAGAGGGAAUCUACUGAGUGUUCCACAAAAUAUAAUCCAUUCAGAUGUUCUUUGCCCUUCUCCCUAAUUUCAGAGGUGAUUUAAUGGAUUGACUAUAAAUUUAAAGAUCUGCAAAUUCGGAUCCUCUUGACAAUGUUGCUAUUUCUGAAAAUUACAUUCACCUUCUUAAUGAAAAAUGAAAGAGUCUCUCAGCACUGUGCAGGAUGUUUGCAAUCUUUGACCUAAGCAGGAAAUGUCCAGUGUGUACCUGGUACCCAGCCAUCUUUUUACUUGAUGGCCAAUUAGAAUUAGUCACCAUGGGAUUUUCAGAAGAUGUUGAAUGUGGAAUCUGUGAGGAUAUAGUUUAUCUCUGUCUUUCUGCCACUUUUUAAGGAAACAUUUAACUGAGUGGUGAAUAUAUUCUGUAUAAAAGUCUGUUUAGCAUGAAUUUUAAAAGCUUUUAUUUGGAAAUGUGUCAGUCCACACCAGUAUUUUAUAUACUUAAUUUUGCAAAACGAGACAAUACAUUAGCUGGGAAGUUAGCAUUUCACAAUUCAAAGAUAGGAAUAGACCAUCUAAAAAUAGCACCAACAUUAGGCACUUACAGCAGACUGAUACCAAAAGUAGGGUAUUAUAACGUGCUAUUUAUUCUAACUCUCUUUACAAAAUAAACAUAUAUUUUUCUAUAUCAGUAAAAGAGCAAUCAUUUUUAAAAGAAAAUCUUGAAGCACAUUUAUAAUUAGCCAGUCAUGUUUAGCUCUUAGGCCUGUUAUUCUGCAGAGACUGUAUCUGUUUUGGAUUUAAGUUGAAGUGGAGCGCAGCAAUAUCAAUGUAACAUAGUAAAGUGUUACUAAAAGUGUCCAAAACUGUUCUCAGAAGAUGAUCACUGCUUACAAAUUGUGGACCUGAAGUUACAGUCCAUGUGAAGGCAAAACUCCUGUUGGAGUCCAUAGGAGUUGUGCAUGCAUAUAGGUGUGUGUGUAUGUGUGUGUGUGUGUGUGUGUGUGAAGAGAGAGCGAGAGAUACUUACAAAGUUCAAACAUUUAAAAUGAGUUUGAUGUUUUUAUUGGGGUUAUUAACCAUAUAAAUGCAACUGAUGAUAUAAUGUAUAGAUGCUAUUGCUCGCAUACAUGUAAAUGUGUGACAUAACUUUCUCUUUGUUAUUGUCAACUUUUUGGUUACAUGGCAUGAAAAUCAUUGUCUGGCUGUUACAUUUGCUGAUUAGGUAGCAUUUUACUAAAUAGUGGAAUGAAAUAUAGCACUAUCAUAUACAAUAUACCUGCUGCAGAAAUCUGCCAUAAGACUUAUAGUAUCUGUUUUACCAGGUUGAAAGGUAAUAGCAACAGCUACAUUACGUAGUUCUUAACAUCCAGUUGUGUUUCAAAUGGAAGACAUGAGCCUGCACAUUAUUUACAAAGUCAAAAUAUUAAGUGACUACAGUGACUUCCACUGCACAAUUUCUCAAAUGUUUACAUGCACAGUGUAUAUUAAAAAACUGCUCCAUAAAUUA